AUGGGCCGCUUUCGCAACCUCUCCGAGAGCUUCAAGGCUGCGGCGUUCAGUAAUUCGACCAUCUCGAUUCCUUCGCUCUCCAAGACCUCUUCCACCGGCCAGACCCAAAUCAUCGACAAGGACUCGCCGUCACCCGCACGGUACCAGGAGUCACCAACGCCCACCGAAACCCCUCGCACCACCCCUCGGACAGACCGGGUUGCAUCUCGCCCGGCAUCCAUGGUAUACACGCCUCCAUCAAUGGAAUUGGAAAGAGAAAAUCACAUCGAGGAGUUGAAACCAGUAUUCAGCUUUCUCUCGAGCCAUAGCAAUAAGCUCUAUCAAGAAGGGUACUUUCUCAAAUUGAACGAUCUUGACACUCACGGGAGACCCAACGCGGAUCGCAACUGGACUGAAUGUUUCGCUCAGCUGGUGGGCACCGUGCUUUCGCUGUGGGAUGCAGCUGCUUUGGAUGCGGCCGGUCAAGAUGGAGAAGUUGCUCCCACCUUUAUCAACUUGGCGGAUGCCUCCAUUAAAAUGAUUGAGACUCUCCCUACACGGAACCCCGACGUUCAGCCUCUGCAGAAUGUCCUGUCGAUAUCGACGGCGGGCAAGAAUCGGUAUUUGCUGCAUUUUAACUCGCUGCAUUCUCUGACGCAGUGGACGUCUGGCAUCCGACUCGCAAUGUUUGAACAUGCCUCGCUUCAGGAAUUGUAUACAGGGUCUUUGAUUGCUGGCAAAGGAAAGUCAUUGAACAACAUCAGGACGAUCAUGGAACGAACAAAGUUCAAGACGGAAGAUUGGGCGCGUGUUCGAUUUGGCGCUGGCACUCCAUGGAGACGAUGCUGGUGUGUGAUAGAGCCUCCCGACGAGAAAGAGUGGCAAAGGUCCAACAAGUCUCUGAAGAAGAAAUCGGCGUACGACCGACCCGCACUUCCUAAAGGGGUCAUCAAAUUCUAUGACACCAAGAAGACAAAAAAGGCUCUGCCUAUUGCGACCAUUACCGAUGCUUAUUCUGUAUAUGCCAUCUAUCCCCAGUCGAAACCGUUGAUUGACCAGUCGACCCUUGUCAAGGUCGAGGGUCGCAUCACAAUACAUUCGAAACCAGAAUCCAAGACUGAAGGCUUUGUCUUCGUAAUGCCCGAGGUGCAUCCAGCAGUCUCAGGCUUCGAAAUGAUGCUUCGUUGGCUUUUUCCAGUGUACGAUAUUUACCACCUUUAUGGUCGCCCUCAGCGAUUGAUCGCCGACACGUGGGAUACCCGGGGUCUCAUGUUUGCGAUGCCACGGGACCGGCGAUACGGUUACUUGGACAUCAUUGAUGUUGCCGCUCUUAUACACUCUCAAGGGAGUGGAAAAUGGAGCGAGCGAGAGUGGCGGAGACAGCUGAAAGAGGCAACCUCCAAGCGCAUGUCAAUGACGACGCAAAAUCGUUCGAGCAGCAAUUUGGAGAACAGGCGGCCAAAUCGUACCUUUUCCGAGUCGAGGCAAGGCGUGCGCUACGAUGAUACCGAUUCAGUCCAUUCACCGCCGCCUUCUCGACACCAGCAUAAUCAAUCAACUGAUGCAGUGUUUGCUUCCCCCAAGAAAGCCGUUACAACUCCAGUGAACGUCGGAUAUCUUUCACCCGGGCAAAAUCACCAUUCGAGGUCUGUGUCAGAAUCUGUUGCAUACAUGUCGCCAAUCCAGAAUCGUCGCCAACGCGAAAACUACAAUCCAUCCAGAUUGUCCGCCGAAUAUACAGACAUGGAGCCUAUCCAACCUCCUCCAGCUCCUCCAGCUCACCGAAACCCAUUCAAGAACAACAUCAUACAUGGUGAAAUCGAAACAUUGGACAGCCGGUGCAGCUCGGACAGCGACAGUCAAGGGCCCCGGACUCAUCCGGAAGAUGUUCAAGAAGAUGUGAGGGAAGCAACACCACCAGCACCAGUGGUAGCUCCUCCAGAUAUGCAGCAUCAACACAGUGAUGUCCCACAGAGGCGACCGGACGCGCGAUCUGACUUGAGACGUGAGAAAAGCCGCAUGUCAAAUGGAACAUUGUCUCAGAUUGUCGAUGUGAAUAGACUCGCGAGCGGUGGGGCGGCGGGGCAUGCAGCGUUGGUGGCGUGGAAUAAUGGCCGACAAGGCGAGAAUCAGGGGCUUCGAGGGGUAAAUGAGACCCCUCGCGACGAAGAAAUAUCUGCUAAUCAACCUGUGUCUCAAGAAGUGGUAGCAGAAGGUGCUUAUAUGCAAAACCCUGCUGAUGUCAGACCAGAAUAUGCUCGACUACCCUCUGAGCAUUCAAUAGCUCCAAAACCGAUUCAUCGAAAACCGGUCCCGACAACACACUCGACUCUCUUAGCGCCAUCAAACCGUUCUCAAUCACCCAACAGCAUGUCGAAGUAUUCUGCCUCCAGCUAUGACAGGGCACCAAGUAGUUCGCCGGACUACGACAGCGUUCCCGAAGACGAUGAUCCUCCAGUCCUCCACCGAAAGAUUAGGACAGGCGUCCUGAAAACAGUUGGAGAUCCUCAACUAGCUAGUGGCACUCCGCAGGACUCGGCGAAGAUCGACAUACCUGUUGUAGACUUCGGCAUGACCUUUACACCAAGCCUGACUCCAGGCCACAGUCGCCCUCCCACCGCUUCUGGAAUCACCGGACGACAGUCGCCAUUUGAUCGGCCCCCGACGGCUCCUGCAACCCCACUACCUAUAUCUCCCCAAGAUGAGCGAGCAUCUCCAGCGAACUUAAGUCCUAGCGACGAGCAAAGUUCACCCUUCGCAGACAGAAACAGUCCCAAAGGGAAUCACUCCCGGUCUUCGAGCUAUGCCUGGCAUCCUGGAACGUCUUUGGCGAGGCACAACUCUGUAGGAGGCUUGACGGCAGAGGAGUUUGUCCAACAACGCGCCGUCGCUGCUCGGAUGCCACAGGGUUAUGUCCCUCACCGGAGCGUUUCGUACAGCAAGGUUGAGCAGUCUCCGAACAAACUGCAGAAGAAGCGAGAUUCGAUGCUCAGAUCCAGCUCGAGACUUUCAUUGUUAGGGGAUCACUCGUCUCAUUUAUCGGCUCGGGAGCAGGAACAUGUUGCAAAGAUGACGGGCGGUCCAUUAAUUCAAGUAAUUGAGGGAAACAAGACACCAGACCCGUCAGUCGGGCUGAUCGGUGCGAUCGAAGCACGGGAGCAGGAAAAGAGAAACAUCAAAGAAGGGGUUGCUGGCCACAUGGUCCAGGAGGCUAUUGCCCAAAGGCAGGCGGCGGAGCGUACCUACGGAAUGCAGCAUUAUCCUAAUCACAACACGCCCACCGACAUCAGACAAAGUGGGCAAUGGAUCAAUUCCCAAGCACCUGCGUACUGGGGAGGUGCCGUGCCGCAACAGGCGCAGCAAGCCUGGGCGAAUCAGCCAGCAUGGCAGUAUCAACAACGGGCCCAAACACAGCAGCUGCAACAGAUGCAACAGAUGCAGCAGCUGCAGCAGCAGCAGCAGAAUCAGAUGUAUAGCGCGAGCCUCAGUGGUUAUCACGCGCCACCUGGCGGCCAUGGGUCUCGAUAG